GCCGCGUUUCCAUUGGGACAUCCGAUACUCCGAUUUUAGAAGGAUCCCAAUGGAAGCAGUGUCACGCCAGGGUCAUUUUGUUCUAAUUGAUGCACAAGGGCCCUGCUCUGUCUUCCUCCACCACCGAUGACGUCGGGCCAGGGGCUGCUGCGGCGGCUACCCUUCUCCGCAUCGACGACGCCCUUCCAGGCCUUGGCAUACCUGUUGGGCAUAUCGCUCUUCAGCAUCGCGUUUCUCGUCUUCCUCAACAGUAGUGUCUCGUUCGUCAUCACCGACCUGAUCGGCGUCAAGGAUGGCGUCGGCGACAUUGUGGGCACCCUCGGCUUCGUCGACGAGGUCGUUGCCCUCGUGGCGUGUCCCAUCUGGGGUCUGAUCUCGGACCGGCUGGGCGUGCGAUACGUCGCGGUGCUCGGAUACACCGUCAUUGGGCUCUCCCUGUUUCUCUUUGUCCAGGCGCGCAAUGUCUAUCCGCAGUUGUUGCUGGCCAGGAUAUUCUUUGCCGUGGGCGCGACCGCAGCAGCAACCAUGGUUACUGCCAUCCUCCCUUCGUUGACCGACGAGACCGACGCAGCAGCGGGACGAGAGUGCGAGUCAUCCAUGCCGAGAGAUAGAUCGAGUGUCGCGCUCUCGGUCGAUUCCGAGGCGACCAUCACACCCGAACGCUUCCGGAACAGCGGCGACCACCCUCCCUCGGAUGAGGAGGAACCGGCCACGGAUUCUCAAAGCACGGGCAAGCCAUCAGCACUUGCGGGCUAUGUUGGGCUCUUCACCGGCUGCGGCGCCCUUGUCGCGCUGUCGUUAUUCCUCCCUUUGCCGGCCCGGUUUAGCCACAUCGAUGGCGUCACUCUCGCGAACGCCGUGAGAUACAGUUUCUACGUCGUCGGCCUCGUUGCCGUCAUGGUCUCCAUUUUCGUCUUCUUUGGUCUACGCGGCCUAAGAGGUGAAGAAGCCAAGGGAUUCCGGAUGCUGUUCGGCUUGAAACGGUCGGCUGCUCACGGCCCGACCUCCUCCACUAGCUCAACCGCCCUCGGAAAUAAGCCGCUCCCCUACCGCCACCUCCUCCUCCGCGCCCUGCACCUCGGCGUCACCGAUCCGGACAUCACGCUCGGCUAUCUCGGAGGCUUCGUCGCGCGCGCCUCGACCGUCGCCAUCUCGCUCUUCGUGCCGCUCUACGUCAACACCUACUUCAUCGGCCACGGCUUCUGCCGGGGCGCCUCGCCCACCGACCCUUCCCCCGAGCUGAAGAAGGAGUGCCGCCAGGCCUACGUGCUCGCGUCCGUCCUGACCGGCGUCGCCCAGCUCGUGGGCCUGAUCUGUGCGCCGCUGUUCGGGUACCUUUCCUCUCGCAGAGGCGCCGCGGAAAGGUUCCACUGGCCUCUUGUGGUCGCGGCCGUGUUUGGCAUCCUCGGCUAUGUCGCGUUUCCCAUGCUGAGGAGCCCGGAAUUCAAGGAUGUCAAGGGGCGUGGCGGGAGUCCGGUGGUGUUCCUGCUUGCCGCCUUUCUCGGGGUGAGCCAGAUUGGAGCGAUCGUGUGCAGCUUGGGGUCGUUGGGGAAAGGGGUGUUAAAGGUGGAGGUAGUGAAUGUAUUGGUACGGCCGGACGGCGAUCAGGAGAUAUUAGUGGAAGCAGCUACGGCUGGCGAAGACGGUGAUGCCACUGCGCCGUUGCUGGACAAUCCGCCCCCGCCGCCCCGAGACACCGUUUCACGCGUGAGCUUGAAGGGGUCGGUUGCCGGGGUGUAUUCGUGGUUUGGGGGCGCCGCUAUUCUGCUGCUGACCAAGCUCGGAGGGUACCUCUUCGACUCGUGGUCCACGGGCGCGCCGUUUUAUCUGAUGGCCAUGUUCAAUGGCCUGCUGCUGGCGGCGUGUCUCGGUAUUGAUUUCGCGCGAGCUGUCCGCGCUAGGAGGAGGAGGCUGCUCACACUCUAGCCCCGAUGACUGUAGCAGUCAGGUCAGGUCUGGACAGAAUGCCGUGUGUUUUAAAUUAAUACCGUGCAGCGUUACCAGCCGCGUGUUACGCUGUGAGGACCAAAGAGACUCGGGCGACUAACCUUUGCUGAUGUAUAUAUAAUAAACCGCUUCCUCGGGUCGAGCCCAGUGCCCGAGCGAUCAUCUCUCACUCUUCGUAUCGCAAGGUCUGGAUAGUAGGAACAACUAAGCACGAACGCUUUCUACGUCGGUUGCGGACCACGUCGGUGAGGAAUGAAUCCCUUUCUUCGAGUCCCACGAUAGGUCCUUCGGUAGUCUGGAUCUUAUUGGGUUCAACAUCAUGGAGAGUCCAAGCUGCUCUACC